UGAAAUUUGGGCUUAUUUUUGUAUUUUUUUGAAAUUAUAGAGAAGUUUUAGUGAUGAAAUUUUAUACAUAAACUAACGAAAUAAAGUUAAAGUUAACGGAAUUGGACAAAAAAUCGGCCACAAAAGUCAAACUAUUUUGAUGAAAUUGGUUUCCGAAAAUAUUUUCUGAGUUGAAUUGACCAGAAAGUUUUGGGUCAAAUCGACCAUUUUCUCGACAUAAUAAGAAAAAUCUUUCUUCAAACAAUUCAACUUCUGAAGUAAUGGAGCCAAAAUCACAACAGUAGAAAUCAUCCUUCCUGACCUCCAGACUUCUUUACCUUACAUCUUGUUGUGUGGCCUUCUUGUAGCCAUAAAAUUUUUUAUCCUUUUCCUUCAAGGAUUUUUGACAAAAUUGGAGACCCACGUUUUGAUGAUACUACCAUCAUCUCUUAUCAUCAAACCAAAGUGUUGAUUGAAAUUACCGUUACAAAAUUUGCUAAUUAACCAAGUCACCCUUCUGCAGCUACAAUUGACAAAUCUCCCCAAUUUCAUCCCCCACAAACCACAAAAUCUUUCAGGAUGUAUUGACAUGUACAGUUACAAUCUGAAAACAGAAUAGAGGAACAAAUGCUACAUCUUUGAUCUAAAGGGAAUAGGUUAUGGAAGCCAUUAAAGCUUCCUCUUUUCAUGCCUUCCGAUCAAAACUUGACAGCCCAGUUUUGCUCAACACAUUAAACUCUCACCAACUCUCUCUUCAUCCCUUCUCAUUCCAUUCCCACAAACCAAAAUUCAACCUUUUCUCAGCAGCUGCUAAAUCUACUUCGCCGGUACUAACUGGUAAUGAAUCCAGAGACUCCUUAUUCGAUCAAGAAUCAUCCACUGAUGAGGCCAAAGUCGUGCAAGAUGAGAAAUUUGAUUGGUAUUCUCAUUGGUAUCCAGUGAUGCCUGUUUGUGAUCUUGACAAGAGGAGGCCACAUGGGAAGAAAGUCAUUGGAAUGGACAUAGUGGCAUGGUGGGACAGAAAUGAGAAUGAGUGGAAGGUGUUUGAUGAUACUUGUCCUCACAGGUUGGCUCCUUUAUCAGAAGGGAGGAUUGAUCAAUGGGGCAGACUACAGUGUGUAUACCAUGGUUGGUGUUUUGGUGGUUCUGGUGACUGCAAGUUCAUUCCACAAGCUCCCCGGGAUGGUCCUCUGAUUCAUACUAAUCCCAGAGCAUGUGUAACUGUUUAUCCUAGUUGUGUCCAGAAUGGCAUACUUUGGUUUUGGCCUAAUGCUGAUCAGCAGUAUAAAGAUAUAUUGUCUAGGCUAAAGCCACCAUAUAUAGAGGAACUUGAUAAUCCAAAUUACACUGGUCAGACGAUUACUCGGGAUAUAGAUUAUGGGUAUGAAGUGCUCAUAGAAAACCUUAUGGAUCCUUCUCACGUUCCGUAUGCACAUUAUGGUAUAAUGAGAUUCCCACAGCCCCCAAAAAGUGUGAAGGCUGACAGAGAAGGAGGAAGACCGCUAGACAUAAGUGUACCAAAAUUCAGUAAAGAUGGUUUCAUUACGAAAUCACCGACAGGUUUAUGUAACAAUUUUAUUCCACCUUGUCUCUUUUACGGUUUUGGCACUCUUGGAGCAAAUCCAGACAAUGAAUCCGCAGGAACAACAGAGAAUCCAUCUGCCAAAACUACAACUGCAACAAAGAGGUUAGGGUUGGUGUUCAUCUGCAUUCCAGUCAGUCCUGGUAAAAGCAGAUUGAUAUUUACUUCACCAAGGAACUUUGCUGUCUGGAUGGAGCGUGUGGUGCCACGUUGGAUAUUUCAUAUAGGACAGAAUCUAAUCCUGGAUUCAGAUUUAUAUCUUCUCCAUGUGCAGGAGCGGAAGAUCCAGGAAUUUGGAUCCACUAAUUGGAAUAAAGCUUGCUUUGUUCCGACAAAGGCAGAUGCCAUGGUGGUUGCCUUUAGGAGAUGGAUAAUCAAAUAUAGUAAUGGUGAAGUUAUGUGGAGGGGCAAGUACAGUGGUGGAGCUCUCCCACCAACUCCCCCCAAAGAGCAGCUCUUGGACAGGUACUGGACUCACACAAUGAUCUGCAGAAGCUGCAACCAAGCAUAUAAAGUACUCAACGCGCUAGAGAUCGCAUUGCAGGUUGUCUCUAUUGGUUCGAUUGGAAUUGUGGCUGCUGCUAAGCCUUCGGCUGCAUUGACAGUGGCUGCACGAUACACUCUGGUUUCGAUGGCUAUCCUUUUGUUUGUGGCUUCCAAGUGGCUGUCUCACUUCAUAUACAAAACCUUCCAUUUCCAUGACUACGAACAUGCGUUUCGCUAGAAGAUAUUAAUUACCUAAAACUACAUGUGAAGUGAUUGUUAUGUAUGCAAAUAUCAUUACGAAAAAAAUUACACGAUGACACGUACAUAUUCAGGUCUCAAUCACUCAUGUUUGUUGAAUAUGAAGCAGCUUGUUAUUAUCAUAUAUACGUAUUCUCGAAAUCUUCAAAACGGAAGAGCUCCUCAACCAAAAACUAGCAAAGCUCGGAUGCAAUUUCUUCCAUUCAUUAGUUACAAAAGUUUGUCGAAGGUUGGUUUACUCAUGGUCGUUAGAGCGCUACACAAAUUAUGUGCAAUUUUGACUAAUUUCUCCACUCACUGUUUUAGUUUCAUAAAUACGAGGCUUC